AUGGUAGCGGACUUGCUAAUCAACUGCCCUUUAGCAUGUGUUAUUCCUCUCGGUCCUCCUCCAGUACCACGCGAUGAUCAAACCGAUUUGUCAAGUUUAAGGACUCCUCAGAAUGUGGACAAUAACCCGGUAACCAUCUCUCAGUGGAUGAUUCCUGAUUCUCAGAUACCAAUCCAACUUGGAGUACAACCAACAACCGGACAAAGUUCAACUAAUGAAACUGAACAGCAAGUUGGAGUACAACCGAUAGUUGGCCACAGUUCAAGCGAUGAAACUGGACAACAAGUUCCCGUACAACCAAAUGCGGGCCAAAGCUCAAGUGGUGAGACUGCACAGUUUUCAAACUCUGAAAAACAGAUCAUUGUCCAUCCAGGUGCUGCCCGAGAAAGGAAACCAAGCAAAUAUAACCUGUCCCCUUAUUGUCCCAAUUUCAGCUCAGCGGGUUCUUCUGCCAAAAAUAUUGGUCCUUGCAUUUAUCAGAAAAAACACUCAUUUGUUGACCACCCUAUAAAUGCCCCGUUAGAUACUUCGUUUCUUCAAGAAUAUCAAAAGUGGCUUGAGAAGGAUCUGUUGAAAUCGCAUGACAAAAGGAAGCCAAAUGAAAAUCAUUACAGAAAGAACAAGGAAGGACUCGAUCCUGCGGAUGCCGAACUUCGGUUGCAUUUAGGCGUUACAGCCGUAGCCGACAAAAACUGGUUCUACUUGUUAUCUAUGGAUGGGCAACUUUGGACUGAUGAGGUUUUGAUAUCUUUCUGCUUGUUAUCUAAUUUUUUUAUUAAGGAAGAUGAAUUGUGUGAGUACAUUAACGGGCACAGGCUGUUGGCUAAUGUACCAUGGUAUACUGUUGACAACAUACUAAUUCCUGUCAACAUAAAAGAGGAAAAUCACUGGAUUUUGGUUGUGAUAUCAUUCACUGACAGGUCCAUCUACGUAUACAACUCAUACCGAGCUGCAGGGCAUGAUGCUGUCGUUAGAGUCGGAGUGAAAAUGUUGGCUACUCUGGUGACACAUAGUCUACAAAUGACUGAUUUCUAUGAGAAGAAGGCGGAUAUAGAUUUUGUCACACAUCCUUCUUACAGAAAUAGAGAACAGACCGACAACUUGACAUUGGAUUGUGGUGUGUAUGUGGCAGCCUUCGCUGAAUACUUGAGCUCAAGUGCAGUCAUCCCAACCGACUUCGAUGCAAAGUUACUCCGUAUGAGAUAUGGUGCCCUUUUAUGCGACUAUGCAUGGGAUAAGUCAAACAACAAUGCAUCAAGUGAUAACGAGCAGCCUCCAAGACCAAUUAGACCGGCAGUUGAUUACGAUGCAGUUGAUAAAGAGGAUCUUGAUUAG